ACGGCGACGCGGCGACGCCACACGGGUGUAAAGAGUCCGCGACGGCCGGCCAGGACCAAGCGGCGAGCGAGGCGCGCCCAGGCGGCAACCGCACCGGGUACCGGCAGGCGGCCAGGCAGUGCAGUUCGCAGCGGCUGCCUUUGCAUUUUGCAUUGCGCUCUGUCGAGCAGUCGAAGCCGGGCCCCGGGAGCAGCGCGAGGAACGUGCACUGUGCAGCAGCAGCCGCGGCCGGACGGGGGGUUGGCAGGAUGGACACACCCCACGACGAGCCGCAGCAGGCGCUGGAGCUGGUGGCGUCGCCGCUGUACCCGCGCCCCGUGGAGCAACAACAGCAGCAGCAGCAGCAGCAGCAGCAACAGCAGCAACAGCAGCAACAACAUCAACAACAGCACCAGCAGCAGCACGCGCAGCACGCACAGACCCACGACGUGCACGUCCACGAGCACCACGACCUGCACCUCCACCACCUGCAGCACCCGCAUGCCGAGCCGGUGCCUCACCAUGUAGCCCACCACGUCGCCCACCCCGUGGCUCACCCCGUGGCCCAUCCCGUAGCCCAUCCCGUAGCCCACCCCGUGGCCCACCCCGUAGCCCACCACCAGACUUACGAGGCCACCCACCUCCUGUCCCACCCGGCGCAUCCGCACCCCGUGCACGCCGUGCACCCCGCGCACGCCAACGGCCACCUCAACGGCCUCCACAACGGGCACCUCACGGUGCACCACACGCACACCACCACGGUGUACAGCACGGGCAACGCGGCGGCCGCCACGUCCGCGGCGCUCUACGACGGCUACGAGCAGCCCUGGCACCUGCUGCCCCCGGACUACGUCUCCGGCGGCGAGGAGGACCUCCGGCUGCUGGACAUGAAGGUGCCCCAGGGCCGCAGCGGGUUCCACAUCAGCGACAUCCUGGACCUGAACGACGCCAAGGUGGCUGAGGGCGACCACGCCUCGCAGCACCCCCUCGCCAAUGGCUUGCCUCUGCUGAUGGGCAACACCCCCCAGGACCUGGUGGCGGGUCUGUACGGCCACCACGCACUGCUGGGCCACCCCCUGCCGGCGGACCCCCUCGGCGGCGCGCUGCCCGGCCACCUCGGCCCCCUCGGCCCGCUCACGGCGCUGCACGGCGCGGCGCCCCCGAGGCCGUCGCCCUGGAGCCACGACAACCGGGACCAGCCCUCGCCCGCGUCCGAUGCAGGCGGUAUGCUGGCGCCGCAGGGACAGCAGCAGGUGUCCCCGGACAGCACGUCGCACCACAGCGCCAGCCUGGAGACGAUGGGCACGGAGCUGUCCAUGGACUCGACGGCGUCCUCGCUGGCGGCGCAGGCCGCCGACUCGACGCGCGUCAAGCACGGCUCACCGGCGCCCGGCCACACGCACCCCGGCGGUAGCGCCGCGGGGCCCGAGGCCGCGGACCACCGCGACGACGGCUCGGACCCGGAGCACGACGACGAAGACCUGGCGGACGACGACGACAUGGAGGCGGGCGAGACGGCCUUCGGGGAGGGCGACGGCCACGGCGGCGAGCAGUCGGGCGGACCGGGGCAGCCCGGCGGCGUGCACAAGAAGCGCAAGCGGCGCGUGCUGUUCAGCAAGGCGCAGACCUACGAGCUGGAGCGCCGGUUUCGGCAGCAGCGGUACCUGUCCGCGCCCGAGCGCGAGCACCUGGCCUCCAUCAUCCGCCUCACGCCCACGCAGGUCAAGAUCUGGUUCCAGAACCACCGGUACAAGACGAAGCGCGCCCAGCAGGAGAAGGGCAUCCACGACCAGCACCAGAGCAUGACGGCGCUGGCGUCGCCGCGCCGCGUCGCCGUGCCCGUGCUGGUGCGCGACGGCAAGCCCUGCGGCGGCAAGAGCCCCGGCGAGCACCUCGCGCUGCCGCCCUACGGCCACCCCCACGGCCACCACCCUCCCGGACACCACCUCGUGCUGCCGCAGUCGCGCGGCUGGGCCUGGUAGCCGCGCCCGCCGUGCUCGUCGAGGUCGCCGUCGUGGUGGCCGUCGGGCCGCGCCGGG